UUUGAACUUUGAGCGCCUGCUUUUCGGGCAAUGUGAGCUAUUGCAUGGCCAAAGAACUGCUCGCCGUGCGCUUGGUGCUCGAUGCGCCGCCUGAAAAAGUGGCGGCUGCAUUGGACAAGGCACUGUUGCAUGGAGAUCCUGGCUCCCUACAGAAGGAAGACUUGCCAAUGCCAGAUCCCAUCCUUUUGGAGUGGCAGGAAUUCAUACGGCAAGACUGUACAUUUUCUUCCGAAGCUCUCCGGCAUGGUGCAAAGGAUGUGGAGCGCCACUCCUGCUCUCUUGGUUUGCGACCACUCUGCAGGGGAGACAAGGCUUCCCCUCUGCCGCUUCAGCCUUUCGACGACUUUGCCUUUGAAGUCAAUUUGGCCAAGAGGGCAGCCUCACGUAUCCGCGUACUGGGCCGAUGGACUUCAAGCUUCGAGGAUGACUCAGCCCACGGCUUUUUUUCUGAAAGUAGAAGUUCCUUUUGGUCCGGAAUACCUUCAGCGAAUUCAACUCAGCCAGCUCUGCGAGGUCAAGCGGAGCUCCGUCGGAUCAGAGCUUACGAGGCGAUUGCUGUGCGAUGAUUUCCUGCAGCAAACGCGGCAUGAAGACAUGAAAGAUAGCACUGUGGCGAUUGCCAGGCUUCACUCCUUCAUGAUAGAGAUUGAGGCCAGAGCCUGGGCCAUUUGUCAUGGCUUUGCUCUCAUCGAAUCUUGGCGUGGCCUGCGUGAAGACUAUCCUUGGGCGUUGAAAAGUGCUGAGAAUGCAGUGGCAGCGUAUCGAUUUGGUUCUGGACACUCUGGUCCUGCUCAGAAAGAGGUUUGGCCACUUUUUGAUACAGGCCGUGCUCAAAGCCUCUCGGAGGGCCUAUUUGAAAUGCUCCCAGCCGUUUGCAACAAGCGUAUGGAGCUGCAAGGUGCACUGCAAGAAGGCAAUGUUGAAGUGGAGUCCUUUGCAUCUCUUUUGGAUCGCAUCUGCCGCCGCGCAGACUCAUGUGCAGACAUUUUUCGGCGCUUUGUAGACUUGGGUUCUGGCCGCGGAAUGGCUGUCUUCACUGCCCAUGCCCUAUUUCCUUUCCGAAGCUGUGUGGGCUUUGAGAUUUCACCAGAGUACAACGAGUCAGCGCGCCUGUUGGCACAGUGGUAUGUGAAGGAGGGGUUUGCCAAUGGAAUGCAUGUACUUCCUGAUUUGAUGUUUAUCCAAGGUGACGUUCUGACAGAAGACUGGUCUGAUGCAUCAGUGGUCUUUGCCAAUUGCGUCACCUGGCCCUCCACAUUGGUGGCAGCUGUGGCACGUAAGGCUUUGCGCCUGCGACCAGGCGCCGUGAUGAUAUCAGGCAAGAGACUUCCGAGCGAAGCUGCGGUGAUGAGAGGCUUUGACUUUCGCGGUGAAGCAUGCUUGGGCGACUGGACUCCGUCACUUGACGCUUCGGUGAAGGUACGCAGUCGAACUUUGGGUAUACCAACGAAUAAUUAUUUCAGAAUUUGUUGAUAUAAAAUAUCAA